AGAGAGUGUGUGUGAGAGAGAGAGAGAGGGACAGGAGCACUUGGCUUUCAAGCAGCGGACGCACUUCAUAGAACCUAUGGCCGGCAAAUACACCACGAGCUCCAGAGAGCUGAUGUGAAGGGAGGCACAUACCAAGCAGAGCACCGUGGAUUCCUCAUGGACUAGUCGCCACAUUUUUUCUAAAGUUGAGAGAUGGAGGAGGAUCCAAUCUACGAUUCCCCUGAUUCCCAGCAAUGCCAUCCCACUCAUACCUGGGGAUCCUUGAACAGGAUCAGCAUAUUGGAUCGCCUCAUCCUUACCCACCCAGUGUGGCUGCAGCUAUCCAUCAACUGUGCAACUGCUUUGCAUAUCCUUCAAAGGGAGCCACCAGGGUCCUUCCUAGUUCGAAAGUCAAAUACAUCCCAGAAGAAAGUCUUGUGUGUUCGCCUUGCUGAUGACACCAUGCCAUCAUUUGUUCGCCAGUUCACUAUACAGAGCAAGGACUCCACUUUCUCUUUGGAGAACUCUGCUAUCAGCUUCCCUGAUCUGUGUCGUCUCAUUUCAUUUUACUGCUUGAGCAGGGAUGUUUUGCCUUUCCCCCUUAUUUUGCCUGAAGCCAUUGCAAAAGCGACGUCUCACAAACAGCUGGAGGCAAUCUCGCACAUGGGAGUAGAAUUUUGGAGCUCGCCCUUAAAUUUCCGAGGACCACGCAGUGCCCCAAGUCCUCCAGACCUGCCCCCUAUUCAUCCUGCAGACUGCUGCACUCCUCAGGAGAACACCACCGUAUUUAGUGAAUUCUGUCAGCUCCAUACGCGCAGUCCCUUUGAAUUAGACUGUGGCACAGGACAGGGGGCCCUCUGUUUCAUCAAUCCUCUCUUUUUGCAAGAACAACAAGGCAAAGGUGCUCUGCUGAAGCGCAACCAGUUCAAACGAAGCUUCAAGGUGCGCGUUUCCACCGAGAACUCGAGCCCCCUUUCCCCGCCUGCUAUGCCACCUCCCCCACCUCCUCUGCUAAAAAAAGAAAAAAGCUCGGCUGGGAGAGGAAAUCCAGCGACACGUAGUGAAGAAGACUCAGAGUACAUGCUGCCCUGUGUUGCCUUUGAAAGAAAGACCAGUCACAACCUAGGGGACGUGACUGGAUUUCCCAAAGGGUUGGCUCUUUCACCGACUGCUGAGGAGGAAGACUAUCAAAUGCCCAAAAUUCUUCAACAGGAAAGUAAUAAAGAUGUUCCUGAAAAGCUGCCACCUGCUAUUCCCGGAGAUGAAGAUUUAGUCCUGAUGUUAGAUCAAGGACAGGCCCCAUCUCUGAAUGAACUGGACAGCUGCAGCUCACUGAGUAGUCUGGAGGAAGUAGAAGAGAGUGUGGAGAGACCCCCUCUCACCCGUGGCACCAGUUCUCCAACUCCGCCAACUCCCAGACACCGCCCCCACCUGUCUGCAUUGCGAAAGAUGAGUGAGGUGCUCUAUUCCUUCUUUGCUCCAGAAAAGCGAAUUGCCCGACUGGUAGAGGAUUUAUCCCGGGACCGGAGGACAACGUUUGGCAUGCUGGUACAAGACUUUCUAACUCUGCAGAGGGAGAGCCGUGAGGAAUAUGCCUCCAGUGGAGCUAUGCUGCAGGCUGUGCGAGGGUUCAUCAAUGAGGCCAAGAGCUUACUGCUGGAGUGUGGGGAGCUGGAGCCACCCAUUGAAACACUUCUUCCAGAUGAGGAUAACGAGUUUGUGCUUGAAAAGGCCCUCUACCGCUGCAUCCUUAAGCCCUUGAAGGCUCACAUUGACACACGUCUGAGGACAUUUCACACCAAUGAUGGUUCCCUGCAGAUGAUGAAGAACAGUAUGCAAAUGAGCCAGCAAGGAGCUCUAAAGCGCUUUGAGGUUAAAGUGCCAGUCCCAAACUCCCAUGGAAUUGAAAGAGUUCGUCAGAAGCUCACCACCAUGCAGAAGGCCUAUUCUCCUAUUGACAAGAUCAUCCUGCUGUUACAAGCCUGCAAGUGCAUAUACACUGCCAUGAGGUCUGGAUCUGGGAGUGACCAUGGAGCCGAUGAGUUUCUGCCAGCUCUGUCCUAUGUCCUAGUGCAAUGUAACAUGCCUGACCUUCCUCAGCAAGUGGAGUACAUGAUGGAGUUACUCGAGCCCUCCCUAUUGACAGGCGAAGGUGGCUACUACCUAACAAGUGUGUAUGCCAGUUUGUGCCUAAUACAAUCACCCCCUGAAGUUCAGCCCAAACGUAUACUCACACAGGAGAUGCGCGAAUCUAUCAAGCAGUGGUCAAAACGCAGGGGGACUGAAGCAAACAAUUUAAGAGCUACACGGGACAGCCAGAAAUUCCUGCACGUUGUCUACACGGAGGCCGAUACCAGCGUGGUGAAAAUGGUGGUCCUGAAAAAAACAGACUCCGUGGAAUCUUUUAUGGAAAAAUGUGCUCAGAAAUUUGGAAUCUCAGAGGCCGACAGUUACGGCCUCUUUCUACGUUCUGAAGGAGACAUGCGCCUACUAUCUCUGGACUGUCACCUUCAAGACAUUACCAGCCAGCUGGACUCUGGCUUCUCUCUUAUCUAUCAGCGUUGCGGACAGGAUCUCAGUAAGACACGCAAACUUACCAGAGGGGGUGCUAUUGAUUUAACAGAACAACUACAGUCCAGCACUUGUUGAUAUCUGCCUCCCAGCACAUUUACUUUGUGGCCAGAGUCCACUUUCAACAAAUGAAGGUGUAUCUCUCAAGGUAUCCAAUGAUGGCGGUGGUUCUGCCAAUACUCAUUUGGAAAAUAGUUUUUUUACUAUCACACCCUGUAUUUAAUUUGACAAAAGUUCACACCGAACUUGCAAAGUGGUAAGCACUUCUUAGUAGGGAUUUAAUAUAAAAUGUCUAAUAACUGGGACAGACCUGAGAGUAACAUGUAAUAUUUUUUUUUUUGUCAUUACUACACUUUUGCUUUGCCAGUUUAAACAGCAUCACUAUUUAAAUCAUAGAUGAUACAGGAGACAUGGACCAUGUUAACAGGAACAGAUGUAUACAGCUUGCUGUAAAUUUCAACAAGUAAGAAAACGUAUGUGUGGCAUAACAUUCAGGUGCAUUCAGUGACUUGGUUAGCUGGUUUGAAAGUUGGAGCAUUUUAGAAUUUUCUAUUCACUUUGUUAUCAAAAUUUGCCUUUUACAUACUUCUGUAACUGAGAGUCAUAUUCAAAAAUAACAGAAUGUAACUACAUGUAUCUGUGGUGUACAUAAAACAUGUUUUAUUAAUGCCAUUUUAUAACAUUGUGUGGCUGAAGUUGCUUUCAAAGACAUCAGAUUCCGACUCAAGUGAUGAAAAGACUCGUGUGCUAUUAGAGGGUUUGUGGCUAACUAUGGUUCAAAAUUCUUAAAUGCAGUAUUUUUUAAUGCUAAAAUUGUUGGCUUCAUCCAAACGUGACACAUAGUGGAUCAUCGUGGUGCUCGGCAGAUUAAUUACAGUGUCAGAGAAAUAGUAAAUCGUUAAAAUCUGUAGAUAAUGCAUCCGUGAAGCUGCUUUUAGUGUAACAGAACUACUGAGCACAUAUUUAGUCACUGCAGCUUGCAGUGUGAUCGAGUCAUCUUGUAAGCCUUUUUACAUAAGUUAAGUUGUUUGGAUCUUGUUUCAUUUUUACCGACAUGAACGUUAUAUCACCUACCAUCUUCGAUUGCAUGGAGCAGGAGAAGUGAGCUGCAGCGUUUCACAUUAUAUGCAAACAAACGGAAAAAGUGCAAACUGUUGCAGAGUAAACUAUGAGCCAUUAAGAAAUCAGAAAUUACUGGACCAAUGUAAAGAAGUGUGAUAUUUUAUUAUUUUCUGUGGAGGGCAGAAUUCUAUAAAUAAUAUUAAUCAAAUAAAGAAUUCUAGUCGUCUGUCACCAUAUGCAGGCCCAGCUAUGUAGAAUGUGAAUGUGAACUGGCCAGGUUGGCAGACCACUGGCUCUAAACACCAACACCAUGUCACUCCCCAGUGACAUACUCAUUCCGUAUAUGGCUUUAACUGUCACCAUCAUUUGCAGGAGGGUGACACUUUACCUGCUGUCAUCAAAAGGCCCUGGAUAUCAUUACCUCCCCAAACGCAGAAACCUUCAGUUAUUGAUCUCCAUUUACAGCUUCCUUGUCAUUAAACCUGAAGCUGGAUAAAACCGUGCUGAGCCUCUCCACGUCUUCAACACAUCGUUUCUGGCUUUGUAAUCCACUUAGCUAAAGUAUGUCUGUUAACCAUCUCGCAGGGCUUGGACUUCUUACAUGUCCUCUCCUGUAGGCAGGCUCUACGAAUGCUGGGGUGACACCCAGCAUGUUUCACUUCUGACUCAAGUAUAAAUUUCAAUGAAAGGAAAAAGAAGUUUUGUAUACCUGGUAAUGUAAUACCU